AUGCGUAUCAUCAUCCGUGAGGAUAAGAUCGGUGCUCAGGUCGUCACCAAGUCCACGUUUGCUCUCAGCCUUCACAUGCGUAUCAUCAUCCGUCAGAAUAAGAUCGGUGCUCAAGUCGUCACCAAGUCCACGUUUGUUCUCAGCCUUCACAUGCGUAUCAUCAUCCGUCAGAAUAAGAUCGGUGCUCAAGUCGUCACCAAGCCCACGUUUGUUCUCAGCCUUCACAUGCGUAUCAUCAUCCGUGAGAAUAAGAUCGGUGCUCAAGUCAUCGCCCAAGCCGCGUCGUGCCUGGUAGAUUAUUAG